AUGGCGAACAAGAUUAUCACAGUGGUCGGUGUUACCGGAAAGCAGGGCGCUUCGGUUGCCGACGUGUUCCUCCAAGAGGGAGGCUGGCACGUCCGUGGCGUUACACGCGAUCCAACCAAGGCCUCAAGCCAGGAAUGGGCUGCUAAAGGUGUCGAACUCGUCAAGGCGGACUUGAACGACGCUGCCUCUCUGAAAGCCGCAUUUGCAGGAUCAACUGUGGUAUUUGGAGUCACUGACUUCUGGGGAAUCGUCGGCGAUCCUGAGGUGCAGAAGCGAGCCCAAGAGGCUGGCAGUCCCGUCAAUGUGCUGGCCUACGACCUCGAAGUGCAGCAAGGUCGCAACAUUGUUGACGCAGUCAACGCCACUCUGGAGACCAUUGACAGAUUCGUGCUCUCGACUCUCUCUCCCACCAAGAAGUUGAGCAAGGGAAAGUAUACGCACAACUUUCACUUUGAUGCUAAAUGGGAAGCUGUCGAAUACCUCAAGGCUACAUACCCGGCCCUGGACAAGAAAACGUCGUAUCUGCAGGUGGCCUUGUAUCUUGAGAACUGGAGGUCUUCUCCGCUGGGGAGGCCCAACAAGCAACCUGAUAACACAUACAUCUGGAACCUUCCUGGAAACCCUGACGCCCCAGUAGCCCAAGUUAAUGCGCGCCACGAUACUGGCUACUUCGUCAAGGCUCUCACCCAGGUCGAACCCGGGAAACACCUUCUUGGUGCUUCGGGCUUUUUGAGCUGGAACGAGUACGCCGCUCUGUGGGGCAAGGUCCACGGCGUGCAAUGUACCUUCCAACAACUGGAUCGCAAGGUCCUCGAAAAUGCGAUUCCCGGCGGUGUCGGGGAGGAGCUUGCUGACAUGUACGAAUACAUUGGAGACUUUGGAUAUCACGGUGGUGACCCCAGCGUCAUCUUCCCUUCUGACCUUGGGGUAGAGGUUCCCUUCUGGACUAUUGAGGAGUUUAUUCGCCAGGAGGAUUGGUCGUCGGUGCUUUAA